CAGGUCGUGUCCCCAUACUUUGAAGGCCACCUGUAGCUGAGACUGAUAGUCUUGUCGGGUGCCAUUGGUACAUAUUUCGGGGGAAUGUCUGCCCAUGUGAGUUUGAGGGAUAGCAGUUCAUCGGAGGAGGACAGCCGACCGGAGCUAGAGAGGACGAUGGAUGGCCUCAAAACUCAAGUGACAAGACACCAUCAUCCCUUCAGUGUGGAGGCUAUAAUGUCGAGUAGAAAGAUUCACAGUGAGUUUACAAGCAAACCCGACAAUGUCUCUGUGGUUACAUUCUCAAAGACGCAGAACUCUCCGUACCUGUGCAGAGAGAGCUACAGCCCUCCCGCGGGAAUCCGAAAGCACUUUAUCCCACUGUCGCCUGUAAAGUCAGAGUCCUCCGAGCCGGAUGAUUGUGCUCCCUGGGUUAUGAGCCCAAGAUUCUCUGCACAAACGCGGCAGGUAAGUCCUACCUGUCCGCUGCGGAAGCACAAGACCAACAGAAAGCCUCGUACUCCCUUCACCACCUCCCAGCUGCUGUCUCUGGAGCGUAAGUUCCGUCAGAAGCAGUACCUGUCUAUUGCUGAGCGGGCCGAGUUCUCCAGCUUUCUGACCUUGACUGAGACCCAGGUCAAGAUUUGGUUCCAGAACCGCCGGGCUAAGGCCAAGAGACUACAGGAGGCCGAGCUGGAGAAGCUCAAAAUGGCUGCCAAACCCGCGCUGCAUCCGGGCUUUACGUUACCCAUGCCCCUGGGAGCACAGCUCCACACAGCCGUCUCCCUCUACGGACAGUCCUACCCCUACCACCGUCCCAUGCUGCCCCUCUCACCUAUGGGGUUGUACGCUACACCUCUGGGAUACAGCAUGUAUCAUCUAUCAGGAUGAUGGAUAGGAAUAUACGCCUCUGCUCGCUGGACUAUUCUGGUCAUAUUAGUCUUUGACACGUGGACAUAACUCUUUUUUAAAAUACUAUCUUUUUCUCCUUGCUAUGAAACAACACUGAAAUUUAGUUGUUGUUUUUUACACCUGAAGAUGCAGCGCCUCAAUCACGAAAGAGCCUUAAAGACUUAAAUGAAUUGUUUUCUGGUGUCUUGUUUUUCUUCUGCUGAUUUGGAUAUCAAGGCCAAAUUAACUAGUGGUUCUGUUUUACGUGAUGUAAUAUAUUCCAAUGCCAAUGUUUAUCCAAUUGCCUCUGAUAUUGACAACAUAUAGUUCAAUUACUUCCAUUCCACUUGUCAUCUAGCUAGCAUAGAAGAUUCAACUAAGGCCCAUAAUUCUGUUCGGUCCCGGGUGGAUCCAAACUUCAGGACUGUCUCAUUUUACCUCUACUUGAUGACAGAUGACAAGUUUGAUUUCUGACUGCUUUCAUCCCAUACCGAAGUCUAAUAAAUUAGUUGUGGGAACUGUUGUCUUUUUUUUUCAUAAACUCAACUAAUUCAAAUGUGUUGCUAUUUUUACGUUAGAUUUGACUGCAGCAACACCACUUCUGUUCUGUCAGGCAUUUGUAGUCUUCGAUUCAUUUGUGUAUACUUAUUUAUUUUGCUUUCACUCUAAACUUUUAAUGUUGGAAAUGAAUUGAUUGAGUGAUUCAUGUUUCGUAUUUAUAACAUGUAGCUCAAAUGUGGCAAAAGUUUAUACUUUUUAAUCUUUCAUCUAAAUGUUCCUUUGGGAGGAGCUAUACUAUGCAGUUUUAUAAAUACUUUUUAAUUUGGUUAUGUAUGUCAUUCACAAGGAUCAAAUUAAAAACGUUUAAAACAUAUGUUUUCUUCUGGAGAUAUUAUGUAAGUCGGAAUAUGUUGUUACGUAUCUACAGCUGUGUUAUCUAAGCCUUUGAAAUUGAACAUGACCUACAUUUUCCACAGACACAGCUGAUGUGUGGUAUGGUAACAUGGUUGAUAAUGUUUAUGUCAAUAUUUGACAACCCUCAACUGUAAGCACAUAAAAGUGAGAUUUCCAGAUAUUAUAAAACUGUUGUAAACCAUAUCAGUGAAUGUCAUUUUAAAACAAUGUUUCAUUAAGUUGUCAUGGAUUUUGCAGUGUUAUGCUUCCAGUACGUAAUAUAAUGAUUUAAUUUCAUGUGAAAUUGUGUUAAUGUCAAUUGAAAUUGAGAAAUGCAAAGCCCCAAACCAUAGCAUCUAAACUAUACCACCUUCCCUCAUCUCAGCCCUUCACAUUCUGAAAACAGUAACUUCAGCAAGAAUCUGUGGAACGAUAAGUAGAGCUGUACCUGUGUCUCAAACACUGUCGUGCGUCAUACUUUUGGGUUAUUUCAAUUACAAAAGUUGUUAAGCUACUAAGAUUUAAACAUGCCAGGUUUUAAGAUGGCAGUAGUAUUAUUUCCCGAGCAGCAUUCUUGGGACUAAUUGACCUUAAUGCUAUUGUUGUUGUUGUUGUUGUUUUUUUGUUGUCAACUGUGUCCAGCUUCUACAACACUUCUGCUUUGUGUGAAACACCAUUGGUUUGGAAAGCCAGAUUGGUCAUGUUUUAUGGUCCUCCUUCCAUCCUUGUUAUAUCAUUCAUCAGGGCCCUAACCCUAUAAAGUUAGCUGCAUUUGUAAGAGCUGCUUACAACUUCCGUGUGACUUUGAUGUAAUGAGGAAAUCAUUUAUAGGCAGCAGUCUAUUUAUGAGCUUCCCUCUAAUCAAAACGAGGCAAGCCCUCGGCACAGUCAAGCAAUCAGCUUAAUGAACAGCAGAUUGGCAGAGAUGUUCGAGGAUCUGUUUGGAAAUGUCAGGUUGAGGCUAUAUUACUUAAGGGAGAAGUUCUUUAUCUAUUGAAACAAUGUUCUAUAUUUGUGCUAAAUAAAUGGUUUCACCGUUA